CGGCUAGUAUUGGCUUUUUAUUCUUAACUAAUCUAAAGCUAUCCUAACACCAAAUCUGAUACAUCGUCAUCGACUAGUUCCAGUUUUGAGUUUUCAAUCCUAAAUUCAUCAUCUGACCAUCGUCGCUUCUGCACCCAUUGCUUUUUUUGCUUCGUAAAGUUUGUUUACUCGGGAGCUCGACACAACUGAUAUACAUCGUUGGCAAAGCGGUAAUAUGAUAUCUCAUCUAGAAGACACUCGGUUCAUUCUUACUAUGGAGUCUCGCAUCAACAUUGCCGUGUUUGGUUUGGGUCGUAUUGGGAAAGUUCAUUUCAAAGAUCUCUACAAUAGCUCGCGGGUCAAGAUAAAAUAUGUAGUCGAAGAAUUACACAGGGAAGCCGAGAAAUAUGUUGCGGACUAUCAGGUUGACACGAAGGUAGCUCACACAAGCGACAUGCAAUCUGUGCUGAGCGAUGAAACACUCCACGCAUGUGUUAUAUCGACUCCAAAUCAUACUCAUGCGUCUUUGGUACUAGCCAGUAUAGCUGCAGGAAAGGCUGUUUUUUGUGAGAAGCCUCUGGCUGACACUGUCGAGGAAAUCGAAAAGUGUUACGACGAAGCGAAGAAAAAGGGAGUCCCAUUGAUUUGUGGUUUCAACCGUCGUUUCGAUCCAGGGCUUCGCGAAAUCUACACACGUACAAGAGCUGGCGAUGUUGGACAGGUUCAAAUGGUGAAGAUUACCAGUCGUGAUUCGCCGAUGUCGCCCAUAGACUACUUCAAGUCAACGAAAGGAAUCUACCACGACUGCGCAAUACACGACAUCGAUUUGCUGACGUGGAUCUACGGAGAGAGACCGCUGAGCGUGUAUACGGCGGCUCAUAGCUUUAUCAAAGAAAUAGGGGAGUUAAACGACGUCGAUACAGUGGCGAUCGUGUUGAAGUUUCCUAGCGGAGGUAUCGGGAUCAUAGACCUCUCACGUUUUGCUUGUUUUGGUCAUGACCAACGCGUUGAGGUGUUUGGCAAUAAAGGAAUGCUUGUUCAAAACAACUACAAGGCUACGAACGUCGAAUUCUCCGGGAAAGAAGGCUCGUCGACUGGACGAAUUUUGAAUUCUUUCAUGGAGAGAUUUGCGAAAUCGUAUAAGAAUGUUAUCGAACAUUUCCUGGACGUAAUCCAAGGGAAAUGUGCGACGGAUAUAACGAAGGAAUCAAUCUUGCUUGUUAGUGAAAUUGUAGAGGCAUGCGAGAAGUCUCGUGCAUCAGCACAAGCGGUUAGGCUUCCUCAGGAGUAAAACACAUUUCAUACCAAUAGUAUAGUUUUCCGAAAAAUAUGACCGAACAGGCAAUGACUGAGCCAUGCCCAAAUUGCUGUCU